AAACAUCUCGAAUCACGAGAACUAUUAUUCAAAGCGCUGUGAAACUGUGGAUCAUGUGACUGCAGCGUGUCACGUGACCGGCGUGUGUCGCGUCAGCAUCAUGGCGGUGUGUAUCGCAGUCAUUGCGAAGGAGAACUAUCCGCUGUACAUUCGGAGCGUUCCUACACAGGGGGAACUCAAGUUCCACUACACAGUGCACACUUCUCUGGAUGUAGUGGAGGAGAAGAUCUCCGGUGUGGGCAAAGCCUUGGGCGACCAGAGGGAGCUUUAUCUGGGACUCCUGUAUCCAACAGAGGACUACAAAGUAUAUGGCUACGUGACAAACUCUAAGGUGAAGUUUGUGAUUGUUGUCGAUUCUUCCAACACAUCUCUGCGAGACAACGAAAUCAGAAGUAUGUUCAGAAAGUUGCACAACUCCUUCACCGAUGUAAUGUGUAACCCAUUCUACAAUCCUGGAGAUCCAAUUCAAUCAAAGGCUUUUGACGGUAUAGUUUCAGCUAUGAUGGUGCAGGCCUGCUGAAAUCCUCUCUUUACAAUUGUAUAUAUUUGCAUCAGUGUCUAUUAUGUAUUGUUUGUUUCGGUGAAAAUAAAUAAUUUGUGUUUCAUAAAA